AUGAAAUGCCAAUACUGCGAAGUGGAGGAACUGCUCAUAGAGUGUGUGGGGUGUGGAAAGCAUUUCUGUAACUCGCGUAGUGCUUCAUCGAUAUCUCAUAUAGUAUUUCAUCUUGUAAAGGCAAAGCAUAAGUCAAUCCGAAUUGGUGGAGACAUCAAGUGCAGAAAGUGCGGAGAAGAUAAUUUGUUCAAACUCCUUGAGAACAAUGGGAAGAUUUUCUGCAAUGGAUGCAGCUCGGGUAGAAUGGUGGUUGAAGAGAGAUGUCUCACUAUAAUCAAAAGCCCUGAAGUACAAGGAAAAAGAUUGACGAAGCAACAGAUGGCAGAGAUGGAAGAGAAGAGUAUGGCGUCUCUUCCCUAUGUUAAAUCAAGGUUUGAAGCCAAGGAGUAUGUUGAAGUGUUUUCUUCGCUAAUUGAAGCUGAGUGCAAGAAGGAAAGAGAGAUAAAGGAAUCGAUGAGGCAAGAGAAUGUAUUUGUUCGAUGGGAGAAACUAAAGUACUGCUAUUUUUACUUUCAGAAUGGAGAUAGUGAGCUGAAGAUCAACAUUGGAGAUGAAAUUAGAUUGACACAUAAGAGUGGAUUUGUCCUACACGGAUUUGUCAGUGGGGAGACUUUUAGCGAGGAGCUGAAAGUGGAGAUAGAAACACCUGGAGACUAUCCAAGAAGUGGAUAUACUGUGGAGUAUCUCUGGAGAGGAAUAUGCUACGAGAGAAUGGAAUGGGCCUUAAGAAAGUUAUACAAUACAUAUAAGAAGGAGACAGACAAAAUCAAAAGAAAUAAGAAUAAGAAUGACGAAAGAAAGCCAUGCGACAAAGGAAUAGAUGUCUGUAGGGAUUUGAGUGUACAAAGACCAACGAAUAGAGGCGAUAUCGGGGCUAUGGGGGAUGAAGGAAAGAUGCAGAAAGGAAGGAAAAGUCUUAAUGAAGGCCCAUCGAUAUUUGAAUAUAUCUUAAAAGGAUAUAAGGAAGGGAUUGGGAAUUCGGGGCAUAUUUUUCCGGUGCCGGAUCUUCCCAGACUUAAUGCUUCUCAAGAAAUAGCUGUAAGAGCAGCUCUUGGAAGGAAGGUGACUCUGAUACAGGGGCCUCCGGGGACAGGAAAGACCUUGGUCUCGUCUGCUAUUGUUUAUAACCUAGUAAAACACUACGGGGGAAAGGUUCUUGUUGUUGCUCCCAGCAACACUGCUGUAGAUCAACUUACCUUAAAGAUACAUAAGACGGGACUAAGAGUUCUGCGAGUGAUGAGUAGGAGAAGGGAAUGCGGGCAAUCGGAUGUGAACUUUCUUUCUCUUCAUGAAAACUUGAAGGAGCUGCAAGAGGGAAGAAAGAAAAAAGAUGAGUGCUAUGGAGACCAUAAUAGAUACAACAGCAUUUACAACGAUGAAACCAACGAGUCAUUGAAAAAACACCUUUUGAAUCAAGCAGAAGUUAUCACUUGCACGUGUGUAACAUCUGGCCAAAAGAUGUUCAAUAAGUUCCGAUUCCACUAUGUAUUGAUUGACGAAGCAGUCCAAUCGACAGAGCCCUUGAGCCUUAUCCCAUUAGUGUAUGGGUGUAAAAAGCUUGUGCUUGUUGGAGACCACAAGCAGCUGGGGCCCACUAUUCUUUGCAAGAAGGUAGCACAAGCGGGAUUCAAGCAAAGCUUGUUUGAAAGACUGAUUUCAAUUGGUGUGGUUCCCUAUGUACUAUCGGUUCAGUACAGGAUGGAUGCGGAUCUUUGCGAAUGGCCUUCUGAGAUGUUUUACAACGGAGAACUUCUUACUGGAGGAAAGAACUUCUGCAGAUUUGAUCUUGGGAUUCCAACGAACUUCUUCUAUGUAUGUUAUGGAAGAGAAGAAGUCAGCCCAAGCGGAACCUCGUUUGUUAAUCAGGCCGAAGCCUUGCAUUGUGAAAGCAUAAUAAGACAUCUGUUCAAGUGUGGUGUUACAGAGAAUCAAAUAGGAGUGAUAACACCAUAUGAGGGACAAAGAUCUUAUAUUCUAAAUAGAAUAUUUGGAGCCGAGCCUGGAAAUCUUGAGAUAAGCAAUGUCGAUGGUUUUCAGGGAAGAGAAAAGGACUUUAUAAUUGUUAGUCUUGUCCGAAGUAACCUAUACCAGGGAAUAGGGUUUGUUGGUGACAAGAGAAGAAUGAAUGUGAUGCUGACAAGAGCAAAGCAUGGGUUGGUAAUAAUAGGAAAUCCAAUGACUUUGAUGAGACACGAUAUGUGGAGUAAUCUCUUGUCCUUCUAUGAUAGGAAAGGCCUUGUGAUGGAGGGCCCUUUACACAAUCUCAGACGAGUUGUUAUAAAGCCCCCCAAGCUCUUCGACUUUAGAGAGAUAAGCAGAUCUCUUAUGAAUCAAAUAUAA